AUGGAGAACCAUGGGACUGACUGGGUCACCUUGAUAGCUGGCAGUAGGGUAGUAAAAUCCAUACGCCAGCCGAGUUACACCCUCUUAGUUGGCAUGGAGACCAGACCACCUCAGACUUGCUGACAUUUCCAUAUCCCUCCACACCUGAACACUGUAAUCAGGUGUAACCUUGACAUUUUCAGUCAGGAAUGUGUGUACACACACACACACACACACUCUUUAUCUUUUCCAAAUAGCACCCCAACACAAGGAGAACUUGAGAGGAUGUAUGACAUUGAAAGUUGAAACUGUUGACCCAAUAUUUCAACCUCUACUGGAAAGGGACUUCUAGAGGAACCUGUGAAUAUCUCAUGGUCUCUAAGCUCAUGUGUGAUCACUCACCCACGACUAAACUGAAGGGUCAUGGUCUCUCUCUCUCUCUCUCUCUCUCUCUCUCUCUCUCUCUCUCUCUCUCUCUCUCUCUCUCUCUCUCUCUCUCUCUCUCUCUCUCUCUCUCUCUCUCUCUCUCUCUCUCUCUCUCUCUCUCACUGCCAGUCUCUAGCUAGCUACUGUAGUUAAUGUGUUUGGCAGGGUGGCAGAGGAUGCCACAGCAGGGUUAAAUGAGCCACACGGCCACAUUGGCUUUAAUUUGCACCCUCUCCAUGAGAUGACCCUGGUGUUGUUUAUGUAGGCACGACCGACAGUGAUUCACCACACGCGCACGCACCGAUGCACAAACACACACUUACACCCUCUCGUCCCUCGUGUCUUUUAAAGGACAGGUCACGGUGUUCUCAGAAAGGACAAUGUUAUUAGUUUUCUCUCGACCAGAGCUAGUGCCCUCAGGUGUGUGUGUGUGUGUGUGUGUGACGGUGUGUCUAUGCCUAUCCCUGAGUGUGUAUGUGACUUGAUAUUACCGUGACCUUUCACUGUGACCUUUCACCGUGACCUUUCACCCAACGCUUGUCACACUGUAACUGCUCCAGUCAGAUAAAACAAUAAAAUGCUGUAUUUUUCCUCUCUCUCUCUCUCUCUCUCUCUCCUCUAUCCCUGCUGGUAUUCGAUCAUUAACGGAUGGUUUAACCUUUGGCCCUCUACCACAUCACUCAGCUGACAGUUGACAUCACUCCUCUGUGUGUGUGUGACACGACUCCUCUGUGUUCUGUCCAAUGCUUGGUGUUAUAGGACUAUAGCCCACAUCACUACAGUAGCCUUCUCUCUAUUAGUGUUCUUCACUACAUUUGCCCUGGGGGUAGAUUUGAGAAAAAUCCACUAAGAUCACUGGGAAUUCAGCCCAGACAACAGUUUUCAGUCCCUUAUUUAAUCAAAGACACAACACUAACAAACACACACACACACACACACACACACACACACACACCUUGAACUUCAUUUUACAUUCGCCCAUCCCCUCACUUUCCCAGAACAUUGCCUUGGGGUCAGUCAGGCUAGAGAGAUGUUCAACUCCACACAUUUUGAAGAUAAAUAUUUCACAUACUGGCAAUGCUGCUCCAACAGCAUGUCAAUGUGACAGAAACUAACAUAGUACUGGAUGUUCCAGCGUCCUAAACUAACAUAGUACUGGAUGUUCCAGCGUCCUAAACUAACAUAGUACUGGAUGUUCCAGUUUCCUAAACUAACAUAGUACUGGAUGUUCCAGCGUCCUAAACUAACAUAGUACUGGAUGUUCCAGCGUCCUAAACUAACAUAGUACUGGAUGUUCCAGCGUCCUAAACUAACAUAGUACUGGAUGUUCCAGCAUCCUAAACUAACAUAGUACUGGAUGUUCCAGCGUCCUAUCGGCACGUCCCAAAUACCCUAUGGGCCCUGGUCAAACGUAGUGAAUGGGGUGCCAUUUGGGAUGCAGACCAUGUUUCUGCUGCUGCAGUGAAACUGGCUUUGCUCAUCUUGUUGGAGCAGCUUUGAAGCACUGACGCUUCGCCAUGCUGACUGGAACCACUGGGUGUGUGUGUGUGUGUGUGUGUGUGUGUUAAUCUCUGAGAUGUAACAUGUGACUGAGGAGGCGUUUGUUGAAAACCAUGUUGUGUACUAUUGAAUUGCAAUUCAUUUAAACAUAUAUAAAUAAGCAUGGAUUAAUGUCUUAGUGACAAUCAAUGAAAGCAAUAUAACAGUAGAAAUAUUAACCUUAUGGGCAGUAAUGUUUACGUUUUACAUUUUAGUCAUUUAGCAGACGCUCUUAUCCAGAGCGACUUACAGGUAGUGAGUGCAUAUUUUUUAUUAAUUUUUUUACUCCUUCCAGAGUGCUGGGCAGUGAUGUUUACUCCAUCCAGAGUGCUGGGCAGUAAUGUUUACUCCAUCCAGAGUGCUGGGCAGUAAUGUUUACUCCAUCCAUAGUGCUGGGCAGUGAUGUUUACCCCAUCCAGAGUGCUGGGCAGUAAUGUUUACUCCAUCCAGAGUGCUGGGCAGUGAUGUUUACCCCAUCCAGAGUGCUGGGCAGUAAUGUUUACCCCAUCCAGAGUGCUGGGCAGUAAUGUUUACUCCAUCCAGAGUGCUGGGCCAUAAUGUUUACCCCAUCCAGAGUGCUGGGCAGUGAUGUUUACCCCAUCCAGAGUGCUGGGCAGUAAUGUUUACCCCCAUCCAGAGUGCUGGGCAGUAAUGUUUACUCCAUCCAGAGUGCUGGGCCAUAAUGUUUACCCCAUCCAGAGUGCUGGGCAGUGAUGUUUACUCCAUCCAGAGUGCUGGGCAGUAAUGUUUACCCCAUCCAGAGUGCUGGGCAGUGAUGUUUACUCCAUCCAGAGUGCUGGGCAGUAAUGUUUACUCCAUCCAGAGUGCUGGGCAGUAAUGUUUACUCCAUCCAGAGUGCUGGGCAGUGAUGUUUACUCCAUCCAGAGUGCUGGGCAGUAAUGUUUACUCCAUCCAGAGUGCUGGGCAGUAAUGUUUACUCCAUCCAGAGUGCUGGGCAGUAAUGUUUACUCCAUCCAGAGUGCUGGGCAGUAAUGUUUACCCCAUCCAGAGUGCUGGGCAGUAAUGUUUACUCCAUCCAGAGUGCUGGGCAGUGAUGUUUACCCCAUCCAGAGUGCUGGGCAGUGAUGUUUACCCCAUCCAGGGUGCUGGGCAGUAAUGUUUACUCCAUCCAGAGUGCUGGGCAGUGAUGUUUACUCCAUCCAGAGUGCUGGGCAGUAAUGUUUACUCCAUCCAGAGUGCUGGGCAGUAAUGUUUACUCCAUCCAGGGUGCUCUGACCACAUCGCAUUAGUCUGCUCCACUACUUUAUAUUCUGUUCAUGCACACACACUCCACACACGUAGUCACACACACACACACACACUCCACACAUAUACUCAUGCACGUAGAGACACACACAGUGACAUGGGGUCUUUUACCUCUGUUCCUGUGUGAAGCCUCUGGGUAUCUCCUUCCCUCUUAACCCUCUCUUGAUUAAGCUGGAACAUCAUAUUUUUUCCAUUCCCUUUGAUGUAAAUGGGAACAUUUCCUACUGAACAACGGAGAGUAUUAUGAGGGACAAGAUGAGGACAUUUGGUAUCAUUUAAGAAUCAAUUUCCAUUUUUCAUUAGGCUCGAUGGAUCUAUUUAAUUAGCUCGAACAAUUAAAGACGAGGCCAAAUUAAAUACAUGGUUACAGCAGAUGAGCCAAAGGAGCCAACCGCAAAAAUAAGGCUUAAGCCUCUCCCUAAAAAGCUUUGUGUGACUGUGUACAAUCAGCACUUCCUUUUGCCAAUUCACGUGUCAAAUAUUGACUUGCUGAAUGGGAGAGAGGGAGAGCGUGAGUGUGUGUGUCUAUAGAUUUAGUCCUGCUAAACUAACGACUUGUGUUGCUGAUUUGAGUAUGAAUUAAAUUCAGAAAAUGUGUCAUGUGGAGACAUGUGAAUAAUUUGCCUAGUCUCUAACCCGUGCGUGUGUCACGGUGAGGGGAAACUCCUUCCUGCAUUAGCUAGGUCCCUUAUUAGCAUAUUUGAGGGCCACUCUGAUGGUGAUUAGCGGUUGCCAAUGCGUGCACUUUUAUUUGUGUGGGACUGGAGCUAAUCAGGUGAGGCUGGCUCUCUGGGCCAAUUGGGAUUUUUGAGUGCGUGUGUGUAUUAAGACUCUAGGGCAUGCAGUGAGAGGUGGGUGGAGGAGCAGUUAAUGAACGCUUCAGUGGGUCUUCUACACAAGCUUUGAUUACGUCAAUGAAUUAACAAACCAUUUAACUAGAUACAAACUUUGGUGCCGGUUGAUUGCAGCCUGUGUAAGCGUGUACGGAGUGUUUGUCCAUGUUUGCGUGUCUACAUGAGGGAAUUUGGUUGUCAGUUCCGGUGUGCAUGUGCACGGGAUGUGUGUGUGUGUGUGUGUGUGUCACUCGUCACGUGUGACACUUGGUGUGUGUGUGUGUGUGUGUGUGUGUGUGUGUAUCCUACUACUUUAGAAACCUUCUGGUUCCAGCUGCAUCUUCUCACUGUGGCAUAGGAGGCUAGACCUGUGAUGGUAAUUGCAUAUCUCACACACACCGUAGUGAUCCUGUAAUCUGACGGCUGUUUAUUAAGCGUGUAUAAAUCAAUUGGAUUCUCCAAUGCAUUUCACAACUUCCUCUCUCUUUUAAACAUUUCUCUCACAGCAGAUAUAUCCUGUAUUUAUACACUCUCUCUCUCUCUCUCUCUCUCUCUCUCUCCCCCUCUGUCCUUCCUGCAGAUAUAGCCUGUAUUUUCUCUCUCUCUCUCUCUCUCUCUCUCUCCCUCUCUCCCUCUGUCCUUCCUGCAGAUAUAGCCUGUAUUUUCUCUCUCUCUCUCUCUCUCUCUCUCUCUCUCUCUCUCUCUCUCUCUCUGUCCUGUCCUGUCCCACUUCUGUUUGAAGUCAUGUUAAGGUGACCCAGCGCCAGCCAGCCAGUUGGUACAGACAGGCAUUAGUAGGCAUCCCUCAUGCCAUGCCAUAAUGUCUGUCAACAGCAUAAAGCACACCACUACCAAGAGACUAGAGAUCCCCCUCCCUUCUUCAGUGUCUGUCUGACAGCUCUGUCAGGAAAAGGUUAGACUGAUAAAGUAGAGGAGAGGAACUGUGUGUGUGUGUGGGGGGGGGGGGGGGGGUGAGAGUUCCAGGAUGUAGAGGUUGUCUGGGGAACAUGUUGCAUGGGCACCUGGUUGUAAUUGGAGGGUGGUUUUAUGCCCUGGUGCAGGGUGAUUUGGUUACCAUAUAGACCACAUUCUCUCUUCUCUCUUCUCUCUCUCUCUCUCUCUUCUCUCUCUCGCUGUCUCUCUCUCUGCACCUGGGCAGUACAUAGAUGACAAGUGCGCACACACACACAAUUAUUCCCUGGCUUGCACCAUUUCUUCCCCCUCCUUCACUCAGCCCUUAUUUCAUUCUCCGUAUCCUUGCUUGUGUAUAUAUAUGUGUGUGUGUAUAUACAGUGGGGAGAACAAGUAUUUGAUACACUGCCGAUUUCGCAGGUUUCCUACUUACAAAGCAUGUAGAGGUCUGUAAUUUUUAUCAUAGGUACACUUCAACUGUGAGAGACGGAAUCUAAAACAAAAAUCCAGAAAAUCACAUUGUAUGAUUUUUAAGUAAUUAAUUUGCAUGUUAUUGCAUGACAUAGUUAUUUGAUACAUCAGAAAAGCAGAACUUAAUAUUUGGUACAGAAACCUUUGUUUGCAAUUACAGAGAUCAUACGUUUCCUGUAGGUCUUGACCAGGUUUGCACACACUGCAGCAGGGAUUUUGGCCCACUCCUCCAUACAGACCUUCUCCAGAUCCUUCAGGUUUCGUGGCUGUCUCUGGGCAAUACGGACUUUCAGCUCCCUCCAAAGAUUUUCUAUUGGGUUCAGGUCUGGAGACUGGCUAGGCCACUCCAGGACCUUGAGAUGCUUCUUACGGAGCCACUCCUUAGUUGCCCUGGCUGUGUGUUUCGGGUUGUUGUCAUGCUGGAAGACCCAGCCACGACCCAUCUUCAAUGCUCUUACUGAGGGAAGGAGGUUGUUGGCCAAGAUCUCGCGAUAUAUGGCCCCAUCCAUCCUCCCCUCAAUACGGUGCAGUCGUCCUGUCCCCUUUGCAGAAAAGCAUCCCCAAAAAUGAUGUUUCCACCUCCAUGCUUCAUGGUUGGGAUGGUGUUCAUGGGGUUGUACUCAUCCUUCUUCUUCCUCCAAACACGGCGAGUGGAGUUUAGACCAAAAAGCUCUAUUUUUGUCUCAUCAGACCACAUGACCUUCUCCCAUUCCUCCUCUGGAUCAUCCAGAUGGUCAUUGGCAAACUUCAGACGGGCCUGGACAUGCGCUGGCUUGAGCAGGGAGACCUUGCGUGCGCUGCAGGAUUUUAAUCCAUGACGGCAUAGUGUGUUACUAAUGGUUUUCUUUGUGACUGUGGUCCCAGCUCUCUUCAGGUCAUUGACCAGGUCCUGCCGUGUAAUUCUGGGCUGAUCCCUCACCUUCCUCAUGAUCAUUGAUGCCCCACGAGGUGAGAUCUUACAUGGAGCCCCAGACCGAGGGUGAUUGACCAUCAUCUUGAACUUCUUCCAUUUCCUAAUAAUUGCGCCAACAGUUGUUGCCUUCUCACCAAGCUGCUUGCCUAUUGUCCUGUAGCCCAUCCCAGCCUUGUGCAGGUCUACAAUUUUAUCCCUGAUGUCCUUACACAGCUCUCUGGUCUUGGCAAUUGUGGAGAGGUUGGAGUCUGUUUGAUUGAGUGUGUGGACAGGUGUCUUUUAUACAGGUAACGAGUUCAAACAGGUGCAGUUAAUACAGGUAAUGAGUGGAGAACAGGAGGGCUUCUUAAAGAAAAACUAACAGGUCUGUGAGAGACGGAAUUCUUACUGGUUGGUAGGUGAUCAAAUACUUAUGUCAUGCAAUAAAAUGCAAAUUAAUUACUUAAAAAUCAUACAAUGUGAUUUUCUGGAUUUUUGUUUUAGAUUCCAUCUCUCACAGUUGAAGUGUACCUAUGAUAAAAAAUUACAGACCUCUACAUGCUUUGUAAGUAGGAGAAUCUGCUAAAUCGGCAGUGUAUCAAAUACUUGUUCUCCCCACUGUAUAUAUAUAUAUAUAUAUAUAUAUAUAUAUAUAUAUAUGUGUGUGUGUAUAUGUCACGCCCUGGCCUUGAGAGGCCGGUUGUCUUUAGUUGGUUUGGUCAGGGCGUGAGGAUCUAUGUUAUUAUUUCUAUGUUUAGAUUCUAGAUGUGUAUUUCUAUGUUUGGCCGGGUGUGAUUCCCAAUCAGAGGCAGCUGUCGCUCGUUGUCUCUGCUUGGGGAUCAUACUUAAGUAGCCUGGUUGCCUACCUUAGUUGUGGGAUAUUGUUCCGUGUUUAGGCUUGUAUGUGUAUAGCCUGAGGACUUCACGUUACGUUGUUUCUUGUUUUGUUUAUGAUUAUUGAGUUUAAUAAACAUGUUCGCUGCACCUUGGUCUGACCUGUCUCUCUACGAUCGUGGUAUGUAUAUAUACCGUUAUUUUUUGGGGGGGGUAGAUCAGCUUAAUAUUGCAGAUAGAUUGUAACUUCCAUCAAUGUAAUUGUCUGCAUCACUUCCAAUCCCCCAUGUCCUGACAUUUAAUCAGAGUAAAAAUUCCCUGCUUUAGGUCAGUUAGGAUCACCACUUGAUUUUAAGAAUGUGAAAUGUCAGAAUAAUAAUACAGAGAAUGAUUUAUUUAAGCUUUUAUUUCUUUCAUCACAUUCCCAGUGGGUCAGAAGUUUACAUACACUCAAUUAGUAUUUGAUAGCAUUGCCUUUAAAUUGUUUAACUUGGGUCAAACAUUUUGGGUAGUCUUCCACAAGCUUCCCACAAUAAGUUGGGUGAAUAAAACAUUCUAUAGGAUUGAGGUCAGGGCUUUGUGAUGACCUCUCCAAUACCUUGACUUUGUUUUCCUUAAGCCAUUUUGCCACAACUCUGGAAGUAUGCUUGGGGUUAUUGUCCCAUUUGGAAGACCCAUUUGCGACCAAGCUUUAACUUCCUGACUGAUGUCUUGAGAUGUUGCUUCAAUAUAUCCACAUAAUUUUCCUUCCUCAUGAUGCCAUCUAUUGUGUGAAGUGCACCAGUCCCUCCUGCAGCAAAGCACCCCCACAGCAUGAUGCUGCCACCCCGGUGCUUCACGGUUGGGAUGGUGUUCCUCGGCUUUCAAGCUACCCCCUUUUUCUUCCAAACAUAACGAUGGUCAUUAUGGACAAACAGUUCUAUUUUUGUUUCAUCAGACCAGAGGACAUUUCUCCAAAAAGUACGACCUUUGUCCCCAUUUGCAGUUGCAAACCGUAGUCUGGCUUUUUUAUGACGGUUUUGGAGCAGUGGCUUCUUCCUUGCUGAGCGGCCUUUCAGGUUAUGUCGAUAUAUGACUAGUUUUACUGUGGAUAUAGAUACUGGUGUACCUGUUUCCUCCAGCAUCUUCACAAGGUCCUUUGCUGUUGUUCUGGGAUUGAUUUGCACUUUUCGCACCAAACUAUGUUCAUCUCUAGGAGACAGACCGCGUCUCCUUCCUGAGCGGUAUGACGACUGCGUGGUCCCAUGGUGUUUAUAUUUGCGUACUAUUGUUUGUACAGAUGAAUGUGGUACCUUCAGGCAUUUGGAAAUUGCUCCCAAGGAUGAACCAGACUUGUGGAGGUCUACAAUUAUUUUGCUGAGGUCUUGGCUGAUUUUCUUUUGAUUUUCCCAUGAUGUCAAGCAAAGAGGCACUGAGUUUGAAGGUAGGCCUUGAAAUACAUCCACAGGUACAUCUCCAAUUGACUCAAAUGAUGUCAAUUAGCCUAUCAGAAGCUUCUAAAGCCAUGACAUCAUUUUCUGUAAUUUUCAAAGCUGUUUAAAGGCACAGUCAACUUAGUGUAUGUAAACUUCUGACCCACUGGAAUUGUGAUACAGUGAAUUAUAAGUGAAAUAAUCUGUCUGUAAACAAUUGUUGGAAAAAUGACUUGUGUCAUGCACAAAGUAGAUGUCCUAACCGACUUGCCAAAACUAUAGUUUGUUAACAAGACAUCUGUGGAGUGGUUGAAAAAUGAGUUUUAAUGACUCCAACCUAAGUGUAUGUAAACUUCCGACUUCAACUGUAUAUAGAUAUAUCUCACACACACAGUGCAUUCAGAAAGUAUUCAGACCCCUUGACUUUUUCCACAUUUUGUUACGUUACAGCCUUAUUCUAAAAUGGAUUAAAUAGUUUUUCCCCCUCAUAAAAUCUACACACAAUACCCUAUAAUAACAAAGCAAAAACUGGUUUUUAGACAUUUUUGCAAAUUUAUUAAAUAUAAAAACUGAAAUAUCACAUUUUACAUAAGUAUUCAGACCUUUGAUCAGUACUUGGUUGAACCUCCUUUGGCAGUGAUUACAGCCUCAAGUCUUAUUGGGUGUGACAUGCUUGGCACACCUGUAUUUGGGGAGUUUCUCCCAUUCUUCUCUGCAGAUCCUCUCAAGCUCUGUCAGGUUGGAUGGGGAGCGUUGCUGCACAGCUAUUUUCAGCUCUCCAGAGAUGUUAGAUCGGGUUCAAGUCCAGGCUCUGGCUGGGCCACUCAAGGACAUUCAGAGACUUGUCCUGAAGCCCCUCCUGCAUUGUCUUGUCUCUGUGCUAAGGGUUGUUGUCCUGUUGGAAGGUGAACCUUCGCCCCAGUCUGAGGUCCUGAGCGCUCUGGAGCAGGUUUUAACCAAGGAUCUCUCUGUACUUUGCUUCGUUCAUCUUUGCCUCGAUCCUGACUUUCCCCAGUCCCUGAAGCGUGUAAAGCGUAAAAAUCGUCUGUCCUCAGUUGCAACACUCACUACCGAGUUCCAAACUGCCUCUGGAAGCAACGUCAGCUCAAAACUGUUCGUCGGCAGCUUCAUGAAAUGGGUUUCCAUGGCCGAGCAACCGCACACAAUCCUAAGAUCACCAUGCGCAAUGCCAAGUGUCGGCUGGAGUGGCGUAAAGCUCGCCGCCAUUGGACUCUGGAGGUAGUGGAAACGCGUUCUCUGGAGUGAUGAAUCACACUUCACAAUCUGGCAGUCCGACAGACGAGUCUGGCUUUGGCAGAUGCCAGGAGAACGCCACCUGCCCGACUGCAUAGUGCCAACUGUAAAGUUUGGUGAAGGAGGAAUAAUGGUCUGGGGCUGUUUUUCAUGGUUCGGGCUAGGCCCCGUAGUUGCAGUGAAGGGAAAUUUUAACGCUACAGUAUACAAUGACAUUCUAGACGAUUCUGUGCUUCCAACUUUGUGGCAACAGUUUGGGGAAGGCCCUUUCCUGUUUCAGCAUGACAAUGCCCCCGUGCACAAAGCGAGGUCCAUACAGAAAUGGUUUGUCGAGAUCGGUGUGGAAGAACUUGAGUGGCCUGCACAGAUCCCUGACCUCAACCCCAUCAAACACCUUUGGGAUGAAUUGGAACGCCGACUGUGAGCCAGGCCUAAUCACCCAACAUCAGUUCCUGACCUCCCUAAUGCUCUUGUGUCUGAAUGGAAACAAGUACCCCUCAGCAAUGUUCCAACAUCUAGUGGAAAGCCUUCCCAGAAGAGUGGAGGCUGUUUAUAGCAGCAAAGGUGGGACCAACUCCAUAUUAAUGCCAAUGAUUUUGGAAUGAGAUGUUCGACGAGCAGGUGUCCUCAUACUUUUGUUCAUUUAGUGUAUCUCCUAGAUAUCGGACAGACACUUCAAAACCUCAUUCCUUCUGAUUAAUUUUUUGAUUAUCCUUUUUGCAGUUUAUGAAUGUUAUUCAAUGUGUUUCUAUAUUAUGUAUGUAUAAUCCACAUCUUACUUCUCCCAGUCCUAGUAAUGAUGAUAUUAUUGUAAUAAGUAUUAUUUUCCAGUGAGCACAUACAUUAUAUGCAGUAGUUUAUGCUGGAUCCCACACAACCCAACCAAACCAUCUGUCCCCUCCAGCACACACUAUACCCACAGUUAGUUAUCAUAUUCAUUAUCAACCCCCUGCUGUGGCCAGCUAGCACCAUGCUCAAGCCAACUAAGCUAUAGCUGAAUCUCCUCUCCUAUUUUUGUGUCAUCCAAUUAUUCCUCGUCCACUCCCUUGUUCCCUCAUAUGUCCCUGCGCCACAAAAGAAACUGGGUGUCAUUUCUGAAUGAUUCCCAUCUACACUCUUGUACCUGGUUGGCUAAGUCGAAUGAGUGGUGUGUGAGCUGGUAGGAUUCGCGUGUGAGCGCACGCCCGACUAUAGAGUAGAGCGCUGCUUCUGGUAGGCUUAUUGCUGCUCAGUCCGACUAAAAAAACUGUUUUUUUUAUCUUUUCAGUCCAUUAUGGAGCAGUUCAACCCGUGCUUGCGGAACUUCGUGGCCAUGGGGAAGAGUUACGAGAAGGCCCUAUCCAGUGAGUACAUCUUAUUCUCCUCCUUUAUCUCAUCCCCAGCUCCCCUCCUAUCCAGAGGACCAGGCCUGACACUGUCUCGCUGUUGCUUUUUAGACUCCUGAUUUAUCUGACCUAGAGAUGAGCUCAGAUGCUGUUGACUGUGUGUAGCCUGUAGUCCGUGUCCUCAUGCAUCCUUCUAAUCUCUUGUAGGAUUUAGCUAUGAAAGAUACUGCUGGGUGCUCCGACAGCCCUUACGGGAAAAACCACAUGAUUUUCACGUGAUCACAUGUGAAGUGUUCCAUAAACACGUUUUUGUGUGAUCACGUGAUCUUAUGACAAGUUAAUGUGACAACAUGUAAAGCAACAUGUGAAAACAUGAAACUACACAUGUGAAAAAGUGAUCACAUGUGAAGUGUUCCAAAAACACAUUUUCACAUGAUUUCACGUGAAAUAAUGUGAUUUUCCACAUGUGAAAUCGUGUUUUUUUCUGUAAGGGAGGCUUUCAACUACAUGGACUGAUUUUAAUAUUCUGUUGUGAGGCUCAGGCCUAUGAUGUCACCUUAGAAUGUUCCAUGUCCACAUCUUGCCCUCUCCUCUUCACUUCGCAUCCCUCCAUGCUGUCAACUCCUUUUUAAUGUGUUUAUUUGGUUGUUCACAAGUCGUGUGGGUGGAGUAUAUACACUAGGUGAUAUGGUUGAAGGGUUGCAGGAGGACAACACUUUUGAGAUAUCUCCAGGAAGGUGUUUUUUUUUGGGGGGGGAGGGGGUGCUGAGAGACAACACAAAUGGCCCCAGAAAAGAGAACAACAGAACUGGUAUCCAGGACAAGACAGGGAGGUGGAGGAGAGAUGAUGAGGAGAGAAAAAGACAUUGGAGAUACAAACUCUUGCUGUUUCUACCAAUGGUAAAGCAUCAGCAGCAUAACCUAUACUUUUAAUCAGUGUCACAUGGUCUUACAUGAGGUUCAGAUGGAACCCGGAGUUCUUCUAUUAGAAUAUUCCAUGAGUAGAGAGAGAGAGAGAGAGAGAGAGAUACACUGAGUGUACAAAACAUUAGGAACACCUUCCUAAUAUUGAGUUGCACCCGCUUUUGCCCUCAGAACAGCCUCAAUUCGUCAGGGCAUGGACUACAAGGUGUCAAAAGCGUUCCAUUUUUUUACAUUUUAGUCAUUCAGCAGACGCUCUUAUCCAGAGCGACUUACAGUUAGUGAGUGCAUACAUUUUCAUACUGGCCCCCCAUGGGAAACGAACCUACAACCCUGGCGUUGCAAGCGCCAUGCUCUACCAACUGAGCUACACGGGUUCAACAGGGAUGCUGGCCCAUGUUGACUCCAAUGCUUCCUACAGUUAUGUCAACUUGGCUGGAUGUCCUUUGGGUGGUGGACCUUUCUUGAUACACACGGGAAACUGUUUAGCAUGAAAAACCCAGCAGCGUUGCAGUUCUUGACACACUUAAACCGGUGUGCCUGACACCUACUACCAUACCCUGUUCAAAGGCACUUCAAUAUUUUGUCUUGCCCAUUCACCCUUUGAAUGGCACACAAUCCAUGUCUCAAUUGUCUCAAGGCUUAAAAAUCCUUCUUUAACCUGUCUCCUCCCCUUCAUCUACGCUGAAUGAAGUGGAUUUAACAGCAUACAUCAAUAAGGGAUCAUAGUUUUCACCUGAAUUGACCUGGUCAGUCUGUCAUGGAAAGAGCACUCAGUGUUUGCGAUCGUAUGAAAAUGUAAGCAAGGUUUGAAAUGAUAAUGUUUUCGGUCAAAUAUUUUAUAUCUGUUUGGGUUUCUAGCAAUCAGUUAUGUUCCGGCUCCCUGAUCAGCCGUUCAAGGCUGAACCUAAUUGAUGAUAUCCUGCUGUACAGGGUACACACUUGUACAUGUGUGAAACAGGACAAAUCUAAACACCCCCUAUUUGACCUUUGAUCAACAUCAUCCCUUUAAUAAUGACUUCAUGUUGAAAUACAGUUCUCAGUUGAAGAGAAUGGUGAGGAUUGUACUUCGCUGCACUAUGAAUCUGUAGUAAGCUGUGGACACAGACAGGGAAAGCAAGUCCUACACAGAUAGUGUCUCCUCAGCCAUGCUUCUAAUGUAGUGCUGCCUCCAGCUGUAGGUUAAUGGUCUCUAAUGUAGUGCUGCCUCCAGCUGUAGGUUAAUGGUCUCUAAUGUAGUGCUGCCUCCAGCUGUAGGUUAAUGGUCUCUAAUGUAGUGCUGCCUCCAGCUGUAGGUUAAUGGUCUCUAAUGUAGUGCUGCCUCCAGCUGUAGGUUAAUGGUCUCUAAUGUAGUGCUGCCUCCAGCUGUAGGUUAAUGGUCUCUAAUGUAGUGCUGCCUCCAGCUGUAGGUUAAUGGUCUCUAAUGUAGUGCUGCCUCCAGCUGUAGGUUAAUGGUCUCUAAUGUAGUGCUGCCUCCAGCUGUAGGUUAAUGGUCUCUAAUGUAGUGCUGCCUCCAGCUGUAGGUUAAUGGUCUCUAAUGUAGUGCUGCCUCCAGCUGUAGGUUAAUGGUCUCUAAUGUAGUGCUGCCUCCAGCUGUAGGUUAAUGGUCUCUAAUGUAGUGCUGCCUCCAGCUGUAGGUUAAUAUGGUCUAAUGUAGUGUGCCUCCAGCUGUAGGUUAAUGGUCUCUAAUGUAGUGCUGCCUCCAGCGUAGGUUACUGGGUCUCUAAUGUAGUGCUGCCUCCAGCUGUAGGUUAAUGGUCUCUAAUGUAGUGCUGCCUCCAGCUGUAGGUUAAUAGCCUCUAAUUUAGUGUUGCCUCCAGCUCCAGAGGAGCAGGGACAGAGGGAGGUGGAGAGAGGAGCAGGGACAGCGGGAGGUGGAGAGAGGAGCAGGGACAGCGGGAGGUGGAGAGAGGAGCAGGGACAGCGGGAGGUGGAGAGAGGAGCAGGGACAGAGGGAGGUGGAGAGAGGAGCAGGGACAGCGGGAGGUGGAGAGAGAGCAGGACAGGGUAGUGGAGAGAGGAGCAGGACAGCGGAGGUGGAGAGAGGCAGGACAGGGAAGAGGUGGAGAGAGAGCAGUGACAGCGGAGGUGGAGUAAGUAGGACAGGGACAAGCGGGAGGGGGAGAAGAGAGAGCAGAAGGGAGGUGGACAGAGGAGCAGGAUCAGCGGAGGUGGAGAGAGAGCAGGGACACGGGGGUGGAGAGAGGAGCAGGACAGCGGUGAGGUGGAGAGAGGAGCAGGGACACGGGAUGGGAGAGGCGACAGAGGUGUGGUAGUAGCAGGGACAGGAGGUGAGAGAGUAGCAGGGAAGCGGGAGGUGGAGAGAGGAGCAGACAGAGGGAGUGGAGAAGGACAGGGACAGAGGGAGGUGGAGAGAGACAGGAUACAGUGGGGAAAAAAAGUAUUUAGUCAUCCACCAAUUGUGCAAGUUCUCCCACUUAAAAAGAUUGAAGAGUCCUGUAAUUUUCAUCAUAGGUACACGUCAACUAUGACAGACAAAUGAGAAAAAAAAUCCUGAAAAUCACAUUGUAGGAUUUUUAAUGAAUUUGUUUGCAAAUUAUGGUGGAAAAUAAGUAUUUGGUCAAUAACAAAAGUUUCUCAAUACUUUGUUAUCUAGCCUUUGUUGGCAAUGACACAGGUCAAACGUUUUCUGUAAGUCUUCACAAGGUUUUCACACACUGUUGCUGGUAUUUUGGCCCAUUCCUCCAUGCAGAUCUCCUCUAGAGCAGUGAUGUUUUGGGGCUGUCACUGGGCAACACGGACUUUCAACUCCCUCCAAAGAUUUUCUAUGGGGUUGAGAUCUGGAGACUGGCUAGGCCACUCCAGGACCUUGAAAUGCUUCUUACGAAGCCACUCCUUCGUUGCCCGGGCGGUGUGUUUGGGAUCAUUGUCAUGCUGAAAGACCCAGCCACGUUUCAUCUUCAAUGCCCUUGCUGAUGGAAGGAGGUUUUCACUCAAAAUCUCACGAUACAUGGUCCCAUUCAUUCUUUCCUUUACACGGAUCAGUCGUCCUGGUCCCUUUGCAGAAAAACAGCCCCAAAGCAUGAUGUUUCCACCCCCAUGCUUCACAGUAGGUAUGGUGUUCUUUGGAUGCAACUCAGCAUUCUUUGUCCUCCAAACACGACGAGUUGAGUUUUUACCAAAAAGUUCUAUUUUGGUUUCAUCUGACCAUAUGACAUUCUCCCAAUCCUCUUCUGGAUCAUCCAAAUGCACUCUAGCAAACUUCAGACUGGCCUGGACAUGUACUGGCUUAAGCAGGGGGACACGUCUUGCACUGCAGGAUUUGAGUCCCUGGCGGCGUAGUGUGUUACUGAUGGUAGGCUUUGUUACUUUGGUCCCAGCUCUCUGCAGGUCAUUCACUAGGUCCCCCCGUGUGGUUCUGGGAUUUUUGCUCACCGUUCUUGUGAUCAUUUUGACCCCACGGGGUGAGAUCUUGCGUGGAGCCCCAGAUCGAGGGAGAUUAUCAGUGGUCUUGUAUGUCUUCCAUUUCCUAAUAAUUGCUCCAACAGUUGAUUUCUUCAAACCAAGCUGCUUACCUAUUGCAGAUUCAGUCUUCCCAGCCUGGUGCAGGUCUACAAUUUUGUUUCUGGUGUCCUUUGACAGCUCUUUGGUCUUGGCCAUAGUGGAGUUUGGAGUGUGACUGUUGGAGGUUGUGGACAGGUGUCUUUUAUACUGAUAACAAGUUCAAUCAGGUGCCAUUAAUACAGGUAACGAGUGGUGGACAGAGGAGCCUCUUAAAGAAGAAGUUACAGGUCUGUGAGAGCCAGAAAUCUUGCUUGUUUGUAGGUGACCAAAUACUUAUUUUCCACCAUAAUUUGCAAAUAAAUUCAUUAAAAAUCCUACAAUGUGAUAUUCUGGAUUUUUUUCUUCUCAAUUUGUCUGUCAUAGUUGACGUGUACCUAUGAUGAAAAUUACAGGCCUCUUUCAUCUUUUUAAGUGGGAGAACUUGCACAAUUGGUGGCUGACUAAAUACUUUUUUUCCCCACUGUAUGUGCACACUGCCCACAAAAUGAGGUGAAAACUGAGCUGCACUUCCUAACCUCCUGCCAAAUGUAUGACCAUAUUAGAGACACAUAUUUCCCUCAGAUUACAGAGAUCCACAAAGAAUUCGAAAACAAACCCAAUUUUGAUAAACUCCCUUAUCUACUGGGUGAAAAACCACAGUGUGCUAUCACAGCAGCAGGAUUUGUGACCUGUUGCCACAAGAAAAGGGCAACCAGUGAAUGUUUAUUUAUUUUCCCAUUUGUACUUUAACUAUUUGCACAUUGUUACAACACUGUAUAUAUACAUAAUAUGACAUUUGAAAUGACUUUAUUCUUUUGGAACUUCUGAGUGUAAUAUUUACUGUUAAUAUUUAUUGUUUAUUUCACUUUUGUUUCACUCUGUUUACUAUCUACUUCACUUGCUUUGGCAAUGUUAACAUACGUUUCCCAUGCCGAUAAAGCCCUUAAAUUGAAUUGAGAGGAGCAGGGACCGAGGCGGGGGGGGGGGAGAGGAGCAGGGACAGAGGGAGAGAGGAGCAGGGAAGGCAGGUAGGACUCUGGAAGCCCUGAGGACCAAUAAAGGAGGACUCAGUGUAAUCUGAUAAAAUUAGCUACACAGCUCCAGGAUGGAGAAUUACACUUAAUAAUUGCAGGUCAGGCGCAAAGGCAAAGGGCACAGCCAGCAUUCAACUCACCACAGGGCACCUUGUGGGCCUCCAUACGCUAACUGGAAUUGUAAAUAUGCCAGUUCUGCCUCUGCUCUUAGGAGAAGAAGGACAACUCAUAAAUCGCAACAGUGAACAAUGAGUGAUGCUUGGCUGGAUUUGGAGGUCCCUGGAGCUUUGUUGACUGACAUCAUGGUUCAGUCUAGGGAGAGAGCUGCCUGCUUCCAGUUCUCCUCGGAGGAGAUGCUGUUUGUUCGGUUUCAAGGAGUGUUUGGUUUUGGAGGAUAGGAUAGUGUGCAGUGGCUGCAGGGCUUGAAUAGGAUGCAAUGCUUUGACCGGUAUUUAGCCAGGUAUUCUGUUAAGCUUUGGGACUGGAGAUAGAGGGUGGGACAACCCCACUGGGCAUCAUGUUGAAGGCUGGGCGGAGAGAGAUUUCUCAACAGGGAUGGAGGGAUGGAGGAGAGUAGACAGAAAGAGGGUGAGUGCUGAAGUGAUUUGAUAAAGGAGUAGAGGGGAGGAGAGAGAGGAAUAGAAACUGGGGUGGAUUUGGAAGAGGGGAGUUGAAGAUGGAUCGAGGACUAAACACAUCAAACUGCAGCUGAUCUGGUUUAUACCGGUUUUACUCCUCCUUAAGAGUGUUUUAAUUUACUUUGGAAUAGGUGGGGGGGAAUGGAUGUCGUGUCUCAACUCCAUUCUGUAGACUAUCUGCUUCAUAUCAGAGGCGUAAUCCUCUUUAUUGAAGACACACACACACACACACACCCCAACAGUAAAGCUCUAAAAUCCUGUCCCAGUUAAUCCUGCCUUACCUGGCCUACCACACUCUGCCGCCCCUCGCUCUAUCCGCCUUGGCUGGGAUUUCUGUGGACAUCGCUAAGUGGCCCAUCCAUCCACGCAAGGGUUUACCACACCCACUCUACCAGCUCAUCCACUUCCACCCCCCUCACCCGCACUCUCCUAUCGCACCCUGACUUAACCAAAGCUGGGCUCAGGAAGAGCCGAGAGAGGGUCUCUCUUCCUGGAAGUAAUCAGUCUGUUUCAGAGCGAACCCAGCUACAGGGCAGUAGGCUUUAGGUCCUGGGUUCUGGAGACAGGGGGCUGUUAUUAGUUCAGAGUGACCUCAAGAUAAAGAUUCUGAUAAAGUUAGAGAAAGGAAAGAAGAAUUGAUAAAGGGAGGAUUAAGGGAGGAAAUGGGUUGAGAAACGAUCCUCAGGGGAGAGGGGGAUAGACUGGAUCAGUUCAAGUUAAGACUCAGUCAGCUCCUCUCUCUUUCUCGCUCUCUUUCUUUCUCUCCCCCUUAUUGGACAUCUUUUCCCCUCAUUAUGACUACCACUCCCUAGUUGACUGACCCCUGACCUGGUCUUAAUCACCGUUACUUACCAUUCACUGCUUCUAGCUGCCCGUGGCAGGACUGUGCAGGUGAGCCAUGCCUGCUGUGUGUUCCCUGGACUGAGACCUGAGACACAGAGGUCGUAGCCACCCAAUGUCUCUCACUGCCACUCUGUAUGAGAAACGGUACAGUGGCUUCAUUUGCAAUGCAGUGAGCAGUAGCCUAUGUAUUGAACCACCUUGAAAGUUUGGUUAGGCAGGUUGUCAUAUUCUGUUUUUAAAGUUCUGUAUUGAAGACCGGGCUAUCUUGCCUUCCCUGGUCUUCCCUUGCUUUACCUUCUCUGGUCUGCAGUUCUUCUUUCCAUCCAGCAUCCACUCUAUCCAUCAGUAGUUCCUGUAGUUGUCUCGCUCUCUUUUUCAGUGCUUUCCUCUCCUUUUCCUCUUGUUGUUUGUAUUAGUAGCUCUUCCCGUUGUAGCCUCUUGUAGCAUUAGCUCUUUCCAUUGUAGCCUUUUGUAGCAUUAGCUCUUCCCAUUGUAGCCUCUUGUAGCAUUAGCCCUUCCCAUUGUAGCCUAUUGUAGCAUUAGCUCUUUCCAUUGUAGCCUCUUGUAGAAUUAGCUCUUUCCAUUGUAGCCUCUUGUAACAUUAGCUUUUUUCAUUGUAGCAUUAGCUCUUUUCAUUGAAGCUUCUUGUAGCUUUAGCUCUUUCCAUUGUAGCAUUAGCUCUUUCCGUUGUAGCCUCUUGUAGCAUUAGCUCUUUCCGUUGUAGCCUCUUGUAGCAUUAGCUCUUUCUGUUGUAGCCUCUUGUAGCAUUAGCUCUUUCCGUUGUAGCAUUAGCUCCUUUCGUUGUCGCCAGUAGUAGCUUGUAGCCUUUUCCAUUGUAGCUUGUGAUAGCCUUGCUGUAGCCUUUUCCAUUGUAGCUUGUGGUAGCCUUGCUGUAGCCUUUUCUAUUGUAGCCCUGUUGUAGCCUUGCUAUAUAACUUUCCUUUGUACUUUGUACUAGCCUUGCUCUUUCCAUUGUAGUCUAUAGUAGCAUUAGCUCUUUCCAUUGUAGCCUAUGGUAUCCUUUAGCCCCCUAUCCUAACUGACUGGGGCUAUAGCUAUAGGGGAGGGAUGCUGGGGUGAAGUUUACUUUAAUGUCCAAUAUUUCCACUCCGCCCCUGAUCUGACGGCCAAUGCUUCCAUGUUUCCAGGUGUCACAUUUGCUGCAAAGGGCUACUUCGAGGCACUGGUGAGGAUGGGAGAGAUGGCGAGCGAAAGUCAAGGCUCUAAGGAUCUUGGUGAGUCCUAGUUGUGGCUAUAGGGGGUUGCAGCACCCCUAGUUGGCUAGAGGGGGGUUGCAUGGAGACAUGCUGUACAGUGGAUGGAUGGUUGUGGGGGUGAAUGGGAAUGGAUGGAGUGAAAGGGAAAAGCACAAACAGCCGAUGCACUGCCUGAAACUGGAUAUAUACACACACACACACACACACACACACACACACACACAGGAACGCACAGCAAACAUGUUUAAACACAGUCAAGCAUAUCCUGUUUGUUGUAGUAGUAUUUUAUUUUUUUACCCCCUUUUUUAUCAGAAUUUCAAUUAUGAUCUUGUCUCAUCGCUGCAACUCCCCAACGGGCUCGGGAGAGGCGAAGGUCAAGUCAUUCGUCCUCCGAAACAUGACCUGCCAAACCGCGCUCCUUAACACCCGCCCGCUUAACCCGGAAGCCAGCUGCACCAAUGUGUUGGAGGAAACGCCAUUCAACUGACGACCGAAGUCAGCCUGCAGGUGCGCCACAAGGAGUCGCUAAUUGUCCGCCGCCCUAUGGGACUCCCGAUCACGGACGGUUGUGACAAAGCCUUGAAUCGAACACGGUCUGUAGUGACGCAUCAAGCACUGCGAUGUAGUGCCUUAGACCGCUGCGCCACUCGGGAGGCCCUUAGUAGUUUUGUUAAUUUUUUAUAGUUAAUCAGUAAUUUUUAUGCUACGCUAUUGGGAAGGAGAGCUUACAGUAUUCUGCAUUCACCACUGAGGCAAUCACAUCCCCUUAGAGUUCAUCUCUGAUAUUUAAUACGGAAACGUUUUAUUUUGGUUUGUUGGGUUCUAUCUUGAAGUAUACUUAUUGUGAUGAGGUGUGAAUGACGGAGUCAGGCACAGGAGGUAAAACACCGAAAUCAAGAGUUUAUUCAGUGUACAAUAAUGUAGCUCAUAAAGCGACAGAACGAAACUAGCACAAGGGAAAAUCAACCUUGGCUGCAAACAAGUAAAGAGUAGCUCAACCGAGCUACUCACUCUCACAACGAACAAUCACUCACAAAGGACAAGGGGGCAGAGGGAACACUUAUGCACAGACUAAUGAGGGAAUGAGUACCAGGUGUGUGUGACUGACAAGACAAAUGGAGUGAUGAUAAAUGGAGCGGUAGUGGCUAGUAAGCCGGUGACGACGAACACCGAAACCUGCCCGAGCAAGGAGGAGGGGCAGCCUCGGCUGAAUUCAUGACAGUACCACCCCCCGACGUGCAGCUCCAGCAGCGUGCCGACACGGCCUCUGGGCGCGGAGCAGGGGGAGUUGGAUGGCGACGAUGGAAGUCCCUCAGCAGAGCGGGAUCGAGGAUAUCCCUCACCGGGACCCAGCACAGUUCCUCUGGACCGUACCCUUCCCACUCUACGUGAUACUGAAGGCCCCCACCUGGCGCCUCGAAUCCAGGAUAGACCGGACAGAGUACGCCGGCGCCCCCUCGAUGUCCAAAGGAGGUGGAGGGACCUCCCGCACCUCAGACUCCUGGAGCGGACCAGCCACCACCGGCCUGAGGAGAGACACAUUAAACGAGGCGUUAAUACGGUAAUCAGGGGGGAGUAAUAACCUAUAUGUGACCUCGUUGAUUCUCCUCCGGACUUUGAACGGCCCUACAAACCGUGAACUCAGCUUCCGGCAGGGCAGGCGGAGGGGCAGAUUCCGGGUCGAGAGCCAGACCUGAUCCCCCGGUACAAAGACGGGGGCCUCACUGCGGUGACGGUCAGCGUUGACCUUCUGACGACGGUACGGCGCGUUGGAGGUGAACAUGGGCAGCGUUCCACGUCUCCUCCGCGUGCCAAAACCAGUCAUCCACCGCAGGAGCUUCGGUCUGGCUCUGGUGCCACGGUGCCAGAACCGGUUGAUAACCUAAAACACACUGAAAUGGCGUUAGGUUCGUAGAGGAGUGGCGGAGAGAGUUCUGGGCAUAUUCUGCCCAUGGCAGGAACACCGACCACUCCUCCGGCCGGUCUUGGCAAUAGGACCUCAGGAACCUACACACAUCCUGAUUAACCCGUUCCACCUGCCCAUUACUCUCAGGGUGGAACCCAGAGGUUAUGCUGACCGAGACUCCCAGACGUUCCAUGAACGCCUUCCAGACUUUUGACGUGAACUGGGGACCUCGGUCAGACACUAUAUCCUCUGGUACCCCGUAAUGCCGGAAGACGUGUGUAAACAGGGCCUCCGCAGUUUGCAGAGCCGUGGGGAGACCGGGCAGAGGAAGGAGGCGGCAAGCCUUCAAAAAGCGAUCCACAACGACCAGGAUGGUGGUGUUCCCUUGAGAGAGAGGCAGAUCAGUUAAAAAAUCAACACUCAAAUGAGACCAUGGUCGUUGUGGAACUGGUAAAGGGUUUUAACUUACCCGCUGGGAGGUGCCUAGGUGCCUUACUCUGGGCGCACACUGAGCAGGAGGAUACAUACGUCCUUAGCCAAGGUAGGCCACCAGUAAUUUUCGGUCAGGCAGCGCACUGUACGACCGAUACCUGGGUGACCAAAGGAGGGUGACAUGUGUUCCCAGUAGAUCAGACGAUCACGGAUAAGCGCAGGCACGUACUGCAGCCCAGCUGGACACUGCGGUGGAGAUGGAUCUGUGCGUAAUGCCUGCGCUAUAUCCGCGUCCAUCGUCCAUACUACCGGCGCCACAAUGCAGAAGUUUGGCAGUAUGGGGGUAUUGUCUCUGGGCCUCUCCUCUGUCUCAUACAGCCUGGACAGUGCGUCUGCCUUCACGUUCUUCGUACCUGGAAUGUUUGACAGUGUGAAAUCAAACCAGGUGAAGAAUAGGGCCCACCUGGCGAGGGUUCAGCCUCCUCACUGCCCGGAUGUACUCCAGGUUACGGUGGUCCGUCCAGACGAGGAAUGGGUGUUUCGCCCCCUCGAGCCAAUGUCUCCACACUGUCAGAGCUCGGACAACAGCCAACAGCUCCCGAUCACCAAUGCCGUAGUUCUGCUCCGCCGGGCUGACCUUCUUUGAGAAGAACGCAUAGGGGCGGAGCUUGGGUGGCGUGCCCGAGCGUUGAGACAGGACUGCUCCCAUCCCAACCUCGGACGCAUCCACCUCCACUACGAACGGUAGUGAUGGAUCGGGGUGGGCCAGUACCGGGGCCGAGGUGAACAGUUCCCUCAGGUUACUGAAGGCCCUGUCAGCCUCAGCAGACCAGCGGAGCCGGGACAGCCCACCCUUCAACAGAGAUGUAAUGGGAGCUGUGACCUUGCCAAAGCCCUGGAUAAAACUCCGAUAAUAGUUGGCGAAGCCAAGGAAGCGCUGCACCUCCUUUACCGUGGUUGGAGUCGGCCAAUUACGCACGGCUGCAAUGCGGUCGCCCUCCAUCUCCACACCUGUGAUAGGAAUGCGGUAUCCGAGGAAGGAGACUCACUGCUGGAAAAAACGUACACUUUUCUGCCUUAGCAUAAAGGUCAUUUUCCAACAGUCAGGCCAGUACUUUGCGAACCAGGGACACAUGCUCAGGCACGCGUAGCGGAAUACACCAAGAUGUCGUCGAUGUAGACCACUACACCGCGACCAAGCAUGUCCCGAAACAUCUCAUUCACAAAGGACUUGAAGACUGAGGGAGCAUUCAUCAAACCAUAGGGCAUCACCAGGUAUUCAUAAUGCCCUGUGGUUGUGCUGAAUGCUGUCUUCCACUCAUCUCCCUCUCGGAUACGCACCAGGUUGUACGCACUCCUGAGAUCUAAUUUAGUGAAGAAGCGCGCUCCAUGCUAUGACUCAACCACUGACGGAAUGAGGGGGAGAGGAUAACUAAAUCUAAUAGUCUCCUUGUUCAGUGGUCGAAUAGUCAAUGCACGGGCGCAGACCGCCAUCUAAUUCACAAAAAAGAAACUCGAGGAGGUGGGUGAAGUGGAGGGACGUAUGUACCCCUGGCGCAGGGACUCGGUGAUGUAUGUCUCCAUAGCCUCCGUCUCCGCCUGCGACAGGGGAUACACAUGACUCCUGGGAGGUACAGCGUCUACCCAAAGGUUUAUUGUGCAAUCCCCCGCCCGAUGAGGUGGUAAAUUAGUCACUUUAUUUUUAGAGAAGACUUGUGCCAGAUCAUGGUAUUCAGGGGGAAUGCGCACGGUGGAGGCACGGUCUGGACUUUCCACCGUGGUUGCACCAACGGAAACACCCAUACACCUACCCUGACACUCUCGCGACCACCCCGUGAGAACCCUCUGCGGCCAUGAGAAAGUGGGGUUGUGGAGUGCUAGCCAUGGAAUACCUAACACCACAGGGAAAGCAGGAGACUCAAUGAUGGAAAAAGUGACCUGCUCACAAUGCGUCUCCUGUGUGAUCAUGGUGACUAGUACCGUGACUUCCUUUAUCAACCCGGACCCUAAUGGUCGACUAUCAAGUGCUCUGAUGGGGCGUGGAAUGGAUAGGGGAACCAAUGAAAUGCCCUGGCGGCGUGCAAAAGUUUUGUCCAUAAAGUUCCCAGCUGCGCCUGAAUCGACUAGUGCCUUACACUGGGGAACUCUCAUGUGAUCAGGAAGUAUAUGGGUAUAGUACAGUGCUCAGCAGAGGGCUCUGAACAAGAGUGGGUGCUCAAUACCUGGGGUGAUGCGAGAGUGCCCUGCCGGCCGCCUCCUGACCCAAAAGAGCGCUGACGAGACAACGUGUGGUAGAAUGUCCCUUCGUGCCAUCCGAUUGGCACUGUCGUCCUCCGCUCUCUCGGUGUGCGGUACCACCCAGCUCCAUGCGCUCUGGAUCCGCGUCGGUCGGGACGGGAACGGGCAGACCACCUCCAGGACGUCCUCUGGUUUCCAGCAGGUUAUCCAGACGAAUGGCCAUGUCCACCAGUUCACUGCAGGCUAGCUCCCGUCGGACGUCCUCCCGUAGAUGGCACCGGAACUGGUUGAUCAGGGCCUGCUCGUUCCACCCGGACCCUGCUGCCAGGAUCCGGAACUCCUGUACUGUCCUCGUCCCCUGCCUCAAGUGGACCAGAUGCUCACCCGCAUCUCGACCCUCGAAAUAGGCGGGCGAACUCUCUGUAGUCCUCCAAUGCGGCUCCUCCUUCUCUCCAAACCGCGUUGGCCCACUCCAGGGCUUUCCCCGAGAGGCAGGAAAUGAGGACGGACACCUGCUCUCGAUCUGAUGGCGCCGGCCUGACACUGGAGCAGUACAGCUCCAGUUGGAGAAGGAAUCCCUGACAUAGAGCCGGCGUCCCAUCGAACGCCCGAGGUCGGGAUAUCUGGAUCCAUCCGGGUGCUGUGAUGUAGGUGGCUGGAUCCGGUUGGCCAGCUGGUCUCGACAGAUCGGUUCCUCUAAUCUCCAGGCGUUGGACGACCUGAAGAACCCGAUCCAUCGCUUCCCCCAAGCUGGCCAGCUUCGUGGCAUGCUCCUGGACCCUUGCCACGAUUCCAGGUGUGCGCUCUUCUCCCGCUGACUCCAUAGCGGGUGAGUGAUUCUGUGAUGAGGUGUGAAUGACGGAGUCAGGUGCAGGAGGUAAAACACCGAAAUCAAGAGUUUAUUCAGUGUACAAUAAUGUACUCUUAAAGCGACAGAACGAAACUAGCACAAGGGAAAAUUAACCUUGGCUGCAUACAAGUAAAGAGUAGCUGAACUGAGCUACUCACUCUCACAACGAACAAUCACUCACAAAGGACAAGGGGGCAGAGGGAACACUUAUACACAGACUAAUGAGGGAAUGAGUACCAGGUGUGUGUGAUUGACAAGACAAGACAAAUGGAGUGAUGAUAAAUGGAGCGGUAGUGGCUAGUAAGCCGGUGACGACGAACGCCGAAACCUGCCCGAGCAAGGAGGAGGGGCAGCCUCGGCUGAAUUCGUGACACUUAUUCAUGUUACUAGCUCAAUCAAUCAAUCAAUCAAAUGUAUUUAUAAAGCCCUUUUUACAUCAGCAGAUGUCACAAAGUGCUAUACAGAAAACCCAGCCAAACAGCAAGCAAUGCAGAUGUUGAAGCUCUAUCAAAUGCCUCCUAUCUCACCCUUAUGGAAACAUUCUGUCUCAGAGACAGGCCCCCUUUGUACUUUGCCUCCGGUCACAAAUACAUUUGCACAUGUAUCAUUCCAUCUAACCCAUAGCACUUUAAUCACUACUGCUAGGCCACUUAUAUAGUUAUAAACAUGCUUAAGUCAAUUAGUCAGUUUCCAACCGUUUAUUUCCCCUCAAACUCUCUCUGAAUUAUGCUGUGUAGUGUUUUAUUGUUUUAUUUACUCCUAUACCCCAGAGUACGUAAAUAAUUCCAAAAGUUUCUUCCUCUUGCGUUCGAUAUUGAAUAACCCAACACAUAUUAUCAUGCAGCGGAUUAUUUUAUUUUUUCUCCAUAACAUCCAAUUGGUCAUGUUUUAUUAAUUGGACUGAAAAGCCACUGUUUUCGGGCUGUUGACUUCUCCACAAGUUUUCACACUGGAACAGAUGCAACCUGUGUAUGGACCAGUUUGGGUUGUAUUGGUCUGUUAGGCUAACAAACACUUAGAGGUGGAGGAAGGAAGGAAGGAUAGUGCUGUGGAGGGGAUGGGGUGUAGGAUGUGGUGAUGGUGGGAGGGGAAGGGUCAGAUUGGGGUCAAGCUGGGGGAGGUGAAACAGGUAGGAUGGUGAUGGCAGCAGGUGGUCUCUUCCAAUGACAUCUAUAAGAAAUGACUACAUUUUGGCUCCAGCCUUCUCCACUGCAGUUAUUUCUUCAACAGCUUUAUGUAUUUACAGUUGAAGUCCGAAGUUUACAUACACUUAGUUUGGAGUCAUUAAAACUUGUUUUUCAACCACUCCACACAUUUCUUGUUAACAAACUGUAGUUUUGGCAAGUCGGUUAGGACAUCUACUCUGUGCAUGACACAAGUAAUUUUUCCAACAAUUGUUUACAGACAGAUUAUUUCACUUAUAAUUCAAUGUAUCACAAUUCCAGUGGGUCAGAAGUUUACAUACACUAAGUUGACUAUGCCUUUAAACAGCUUGGAAAAUUACAGAAAAUGUCAUGGCUUUAGAAGCUUCUGAUAGGCUAAUUGACAUAAUUUGAGUCAAUUGGAGGUGUACCUGUGGAUGUAUUUCAAGGCCUACCUUCAAACUCAGUGCCUCUUUGCUUGGCAUCAUGGGAAAAUCAAAAGAAAUCAGCCAAGACCUCAGAAAAAAAAUUGUAGACCUCCACAAGUCUGGUUCAUCUUUGGGAGCAAUUUCCAAACGCCUGAAGGUACCACGUUCAUCUGUACAAAAAAUUGUACGCAAGUAUAAACACCAUGGGACCACGCAGCCGUUAUACCGUUCAGGAAGGAGACGCGUUCUGUCUCCUAGAGAUGAACGUACUUUGGUGCGAAAAGUGCAAAUCAAUCCCAGAACAACAGCAAAGGACCUUGUGAAGAUGCUGGAGGAAACAGGUACGAAAGUAUCUAUAUCCACAGUAAAACGAGUCCUAUAUCGACAUAACCUGAAAGGCCGCUCAGCAAGGAAGAAGCCACUGCUCCAAAACCGCCAUAAAAAAGCCAGACUACGGUUUGCAACUGCACAUGGGGACAAAGAUCGUACUUUUUGGAGAAAUGUCCUCUGGUCUGAUAAAACAAAACUAGAACUGUUUGGCCAUAAUGACCAUUGUUAUGUUUGGAAGAAAAAGGGGGAUGCUUGCAAGCCGAAGAACACCAUCCCAACCGUGAAGCACCGGGGUGGCAGCAUCAUGCUGUGGGGGUGCUUUGCUGCAGGAGGGACUGGUGCACUUCACAAAAUAGAUGGCAUCAUGAGGAAGGAAAAUGAUGUGGAUAUAUUGAAGCAACAUCUCAAGACAUCAGUCAGGAAGUUAAAGCUUGGUCGCUAAUGGAUCUGCCAAAUGGACAAUGACCCCAAGCAUACUUCCAAAGUUGUGCCAAAAUGGCUUAAGGACAACAAAGUCAAGGUAUUGGAGUGGCCAUCACAAAGCCCUGACCUCUUUCCUAUAGAACAUUUGUGGGCAGAACUGAAAACGCGUGUGCGAGCAAGGAGGCCUACAAACCUGACUCAGUUACACCAGCUCUGUCAGGAGGAAUGGGCCAAAAUUCACCCAAUUUAUUGUGGGAAGCUUGUGGAAGGCUACCCUAAACGUUUGACCCAAGUUAAACAAUUUAAAGGCAAUGCUACCAAAUACUAAUUGAGUGUAUGUAAACUUCUGACCCACUGGGAAUGUGAUGAGAUAAAUAAAUAAAAGUCAUCAUUCUCUCUACUAUUAUUCUGACAUUUCACAUUCUUAAUAUAAAGUGGUGAUCCUAACUGACCUAAGACAGGGAAUUUGUACUAGGAUUAAAUGUCAGGAAUUGUGAAAAACUGAGUUUAAAUGUAUUUUUGGCUAAGGUGUAUGUAAACUUCCGACUUCAACUGUAGCUAUAUGUAUUGACUUUAUGAUUGCAGUCAUGUUUGUAUUAAGCUAGCCUAUAUGGAUUAAGCUUUGUUUUCAGCUAUAUGUGUUCGUUCUAUGGCAUCAGUCAGACUGAGUCACAUGUUCGAGGAAUGGGACUGGCUUUUGGUUACGGCCCUCCUCCUGAAUCUGAGCACUGUGUAGGCAAGUCUCUCUCUCCUCUGACCUCUCAUAAGUCUGAGGUGAAUUUGGAUAGCAGCCGGCCGUGGUGAAGGAAGGGAGGGUGACGAGAGGAAAGAGGAAAAGGAGGUCAGAGAGGAAAAUAGAAAGAAAAGCUCUCUGCAUUCAUUAUUCUGUUUUUCCUAAUUUUUUUUUUGGGGGGGGGGGCCUUCACAUUUUGGGGGCCUUCACAUUUCGUCUGAAGGUUUCAUCUCUUCAUUCCCCCACUCAGCCUCUCUCUCUCUGUGAAUACUGAUUUGAACUGAGUUUGAGUGGCUACUCCAAUCUGAACCUUUUCAUAGUCUGUAUUCAGCCUCAAUGACAUUAUCUGUGCAGUGAUCUGAUUCCAACACAAGACUCAUUAUUCGUACCGAGGCCAUUCGUUCAGAUGAGGAUUUCUAAUUACAGGAAACCGUACGCUAGGGCAGAAGAACCCAUUUAAAUGAGGCUUCUGGUUUAAUGAAUGCUACAUCCCAGAGUCCUCCUCUUAUACUGUCCAUAAACAGGUGUCCAUCCAUCUUCAUAUUGGUACUGUCCUCUAGUGUCCCCUAUCUGCUGCCUGUUCUAAAGUGUGUGUGUGUGUGUGUGUGUUGUGUGUGUGUGUGUGUGUGUGUGUGUGUGUAUUUGUGUAUUUGUGUGUGUGUGUGUGUGUGUGUGUGUGUGUGUGUGUGUGUGUGUGUGUGUGUGUGUGUGUGUAUUUGUGUGUGUGUGUUUGUGUGUGUGUGUUUGUGUGUGCUCUGCGUUAUAUGGGGUCCUUUUGGUUGUUUUUGCAUCCUUAGCCAUGACUCAGCACAAUUAUCCCUCUGCAGUGUAGUGACAGGCAGGGCUGAAGAGGGGGAGACUGAUGCUGUCUCUGGACAUCAGUGUUGCCUAAAGCUGUGUGUGUAUCUGUGCAUGUUUUAUAAAAACAAACAUUACAGCCAUUAUUCACACAAUUUUCCUUAAGUCAGCCCAUUACAUUGUUGCUCUACCCAGUCUAGUCAGCCCCAGUCCAGUCUAGUCAGCUCCAGUCUAGUCUAGUCUAGUCAGCUCCAGUCUAGUCAGCUCCAGUCUAGUCUAGUCAGCUCCAGUCUAGUCAGCUCCAGUCUAGUCUAGUCAGCUCCAGUCUAGUCAGAUCCAGUCUAGUCAAGUCAGCUCCAGUCUAGUCAGCUCCAGUCUAGUCUAGUCAGCUCCAGUCUAGUCUAGUCUAGUCAGCUCCAGUCUAGUCUAGUCAGCUCCAGUCUAGUCAGCUCCAGUCUAGUCUAGUCAGCUCCAGUCUAGUCAGCUCCAGUCUAGUCUAGUCAGCUCCAGUCUAGUCUAGUCAGCUCCAGUCUAGUCUAGUCAGCUCCAGUCUAGUCUAGUCAGCUCCAGUCUAGUCAGCUCCAGUCUAGUCAGCUCCAGUCUAGUCAGCUCCAGUCUAGUCCAGUCAGCUCUAGUCUAGUCUAUUCAGCCCCAGUCUAGUCUAGUCAGCUCCAGUCUAGUCUAGUCAGCUCCAGUCUAGUCUAGUCAGCUCCAGUCUAGUCUAGUCAGCUCCAGUCUAGUCUAGUCAGCUCCAGUCUAGUCUAGUCAGAUCCAGUAUAGUCUAGUCUAGUCAGCUCUAGUCUAGUCUAGUCAGCUCCAGUCUAGUCUAGUCAGCUCUAGUCUAGUCUAGUCUAGUCUAGUCAGCUCCAGUCUAGUCUAGUCAGAUCCAGUCUAGUCUAGUCAGCUCCAGUAUAGUCUAGUCUAGUCUAGUCAGCUCCAGUCUAGUCUAGUCAGCUCCAGUCUAGUCUAGUCUAGUCUAGUCAGCUCCAGUCUAGUCUAGUCAGCUCCAAUCUAGUCAGCUCCAGUCUAGUCUAGUCAGCUCCAGUCUAAUCUAGUCAGCUCCAGUCUAGUCUAGUCAGCUCCAGUCUAGUCUAGUCAGCUCCAGUCUAGUCUAGUCAGCUCCAGGGAGGGAUGGAUGGGAGGAGGAGGGUUGGAUGGGAGGGACGAGAGGGACGUCAGCGCUCUGCUGCGGCAUGAAGCAGAAACACUUUUCCAGCCUGUUCACUUUCAUUAUCCGCAGGCCCAUGAGUUUCUCUGUCUCUCUGUGUGUCAGUUGGCUUUUCAUAGCCAAGCAUUCAGAGGUCGAGAGAGGGAACCUAAGAUCGCACAGGACACCAGAUAAGACAGGAGAAUUACACCAGAUAUGACAGACUGACCCAGUUUUUUUGGGUUCUAGUCAAGAUUCUAGCAGCCGUAUUUAGCACUAGCUGAAGUUGUAUUUAUUGCCUUAUUCGGGUAACCGUAGAGCAUUGCAGUAAUCUAAUCUUGAAGUGACAAAGCAUGGAUUAGCUUUUCUGCAUCAUUUUUGGAUCAACAUUUUCAGAUUUUUGUAAUGUUACAAAGAUGGAAAAAGGCUGCUCUUAAAAUAAAUAAAAAUGUAUGUUCGUCAAAAGUGAUCAGGCUCCAGAGUAACGCUGAGGUCCUUCAGUUUAAUUUGAGACAUCAAUCGAGAUUCAUUGUCAGAUCCGACAGCAGAUUUGUUUAUUGGGACCUAGAGCUAGCAUCUCUGUUUUAUCUGAGUUUAAAAGUAAAACAUUUGCCACCAUCCACUUCCUUAUGUCUGAAACACAGGCUUCCAGGGUAGGCAAUUUUGGGGCUUCACCAUGUUUCAUUGAAAUGUACACCUGUGAGUCGUCUGCAUAGCAGUGAAAGUUGACAUUGUCUUUCUGAAUGACAUCACCAAGAGGUAGCAUAUAUAGUGAAAACAAUAGUGGUCCUAGAACAGAACCUUGAGGAACACUGUGGAUGGUUUGUCCUCCGACAAAUCAAUGGUAAGGUUCAGAGACGAACUGAUAUCUUUCUGACAGAUAAGAUCUAAACCAGGCAAGAACUUGUCCGCGUAGACCAAUUACGGUUUCCAAUCUCUCCAAAAAGAAUGUGGUGAUCGAUGGUGUCGAAAGCGACACUAAGGUCUAGGAGCACAAGGACAAGAGCAGAGCCUUGGUCUGAUGCCAAUAAAAGGUAAUUUACCACCUUCAUUAGUGCGGUCAUUAGAACGGGACAGCCGAGUACUGAAGCGUGUUUCGCGUAAAAAGCGUCUGUCCUCUAUUGCAACACUCACUACCGUGUUCCAAACUGCCUCUGGAAGCAACGUCAGCACAAUAACUGUUCGCCGGGAGCUUCAUGAAAUGGGUUUCCAAAGCCGAAAAGCCGCACGCAAGCCUAAGAUCACCAUGCGCAAUGCCAUGCGUCGGCUAUAGUGGUGUAAAGCUCGCCACCAUUAGACUCUGGAGCAGUGGAAACACGUUCUCUGGAGUGAUGAAUCACGCUUCACCAUCUGGCAGUCCGACGGAUGUAACUGGGUUUGGCGGAUGCCAGGCGAAUGCUACCUGCCCGAAUGCAUAGUGCCAACUGUAAAGUUUGGUGGAGGAGGAAUAAUGGUCUGGGGCUGUUUUUCAUGGUUUGGGCUAGGCCCCUUAGUUCCAGUGAAGGGAAAUCUUAAUGCUACAGCAUACAAUGACAUUCUAGAUGAUUCUGUGCUUCCAAUUUUGUGGCAACAGUUUGGGGAAGGCCUUUUCCUAUUUCAGCAUGACAAUUCCCCUGUGCACAAAGCGAGGUCCAUACAGAAAUGGUUUGUCAAGAUCGGUGUGGAAGAACUUGAGUGGCCUGCACAGAUCCCUGAUCUCAACCCCAUCAAACACCUUUGGGAUAAAUUGGAACUCCGGCUGUGAGCCAGGCCUAAUCGCCCAACAUCAAUGCCCUUACCUCUCUAAUGCUCUUGUGGCUGAAUGGAAGCAAGUCCCCGCAGCAAUGUUCCAAUAUCUAGCGAAAAGCCUUCCCAGAAGAGUGGAGGCUGUUCUAGCAGCAAAGGUGGGACCAACUCCAUAUUAAUGCCCGUGAUUUUGGAAUGAGAUGUUCGACGAGCAGGUGUCCACAUACAUUUGGUCAUGUAGUGUAUAUAAUUGAUCAUUACAGUAAGUGAGCAUUAAAUGGAAAGUGACUGAAGAACGCAAAAAGCAAUUUAUGCAGUUGCAAUUGAUGUACUUAGCUGGUCCCUAGUCAGCUACCUAAAUGGACCAGUCCAGAUGUUGCCUCCCUCCCUCCCUCCCUCCCUACUAUUGGCUGUGAGACAUGACAUAGCUGAAGUCAAACCCGGAAGUGAUAAUCCAACAAAUCAGUAGCUACAUCAACCCAAGCUACACGGGUUCUCGCAUCGUCUAAGCUAUUUGGCUUUGCUCUCAAACUGAACUCCUAGGAUACAUCCCAAAUGUCACCCUAUACCCUAUACCCUAUGGGCCCUGGUCAUAGUGCAGUAUAUAGGGAGAGGGUGCCAUUUGGGACACAGACCUGUUCCCCUGUUCCCCUACCGUUCUCCUGGUUCUAGGUUAUAUAAAGGGAGGGUAUUUUUAAGGUGAGGCGCUCCCGACUAGAGGACUUUUGUCACGUGGGGAUAAAUAAUGUAGACGUCUCUUAACGUGCGGUAGAGUCAGGGGAAUGGCACUGCACUGCACACACAGGACUGAAUAACCAUCUAACGUUACCCCUACGGUGUGUAUGCAGUAGCUACAAUACUGCAGUGAUGCAUCCAUUUUUCCUCCCUUUGGUGUCUGUCUGUGUGUCCUUGGUCAUAUCAUAAAUCAGUGUGAUUACCUACAAAGGCCGAGCCCCAGUGCACACUAAUAAGGGACACUUCCUCAUAGAACAUCACAUGUUGAACAUAGUGAACAUACGGUACUCGUAGCCUUUGGCUUGAAUACGGACACUGGUUCUUCCUGCAAUGUUAUUGGCUGUGGGGAGUUGUAAGAUUUGCCAUAGCAGUGUUCCUGUACUGAAAGAAAAAGAGAAACUAAAAUGAGUAUCAUAUGUAUGUGAGAUUUAAACAUACGUGACUGUCACACACAUCUGGAGGAUAGGACAUGUAUGGUGUUGUUGCAGCUGUUUUCCUUGGCACAGUUGGCUGUUUAUGAUGCGGUGUUCUUCCAGAGAAGAGUGCCACAGGGCCUCAGCUUAAUGGUACAGUCAAGCUGUUCUCUCCUCCCACACCAGAAAUCAGACUGGUGGCCCACACACACACACACACACACACACACACACACACACACACACACACACACACACACACACACACACACACACACACACACAAUAUAGUAAAUGCACGCAUCUAUGUACAAACACACAAUAUAAUGUACCCGCACACACUUGGGCUUAACUUAGCCUCUCACAUUCACAUUUAACUGUUUCAACCCUAUUAUUAUUCCUAAAGCAUUAUUCCAUUAUUACUAGCCCCUAUUCCACCACUAGCCCCUAUUCCACCACUAGCCCCUAUUCCACCACUAGCCCUUAUUCCACCACUAGCCCCUAUUCCACCACUAGCCCCUAUUCCACCACUAGCCCCUAUUCCACCACUAACCCUUAUUCCACCACUAGCCCCUAUUCGACUACAAGCCCUAUUCCACCACUAGCCCCACUACUAGCCCCUAUUCCACUACUAGCCCUAUUCCGCCACUAGCCCCACUACUAGCCCGUAUUCCACUACUAGCCCUAUUCCACCACUAGCCCCACUACUAGCCCGAAUUCUACUACUAGCCCUAUUCCACCACUAGCCCCACUACUAGCCCGUAUUCCACUACUAGCCCUAUUCCACCACUAGCCCCACUACUAGCCCGUAUUCCACUACUAGUCCCUAAUACACCAUCACUGACAAAGAUCCAUUCACACAAGCGAGGACACCUUUUAUUAUGUGUGCCAUGGUCCAUCUCUCACACAGCCUUGAACUAAAAAUAGAAAUGAAACAGGCAGUCAGUUUAGAGUUCAUUCACAAGUUAUUCUAAGCACAAGUGGAGGCUUUUAAAAAUUCAACAACUUUUCAUCUGUCUCUCUUUGAGAAGGAAAGGAUGGAUGCUCAGUGAUUGUUCCACUGCAGCAAAGGUCAGAGUCAGUCUGCCCCCGCCAACCCUCCCUCCCUCUCUCCAUCUCUCCCUCUCUCAAUCUGGGCACCCACACAAUGAUGUAGGAGCCUACGCAGGCAGGCAGCCCUAGGAAAACACACUGCCACCUCGAACAGAAAGUAACAAAUAGAUGAAAUGCAUUCCGGGAGCGAUUCAGAAAAAGAGAGAGGGGCGGAGAGAAGGAGGAGAGGGGAGACGCUAGACCAACGCACAGGCAGCCCGAAAAAUGGCUCAUUGGUGAUGUCACACUGCUGAAGCUGGCAUAGUCUGGCUUCCAUUGUCAUAAAGGAAGGAUUCUCUGGCACUACCAGUUAUCCUCUCUGCCCAUAACAGGACAUCAGGAAGGAUUCUCUGGCACUACCAGUUAUCCUCUCUGCCCAUAACAGGACAUCAGGAAGGAUUCUCUGGCACUACCAGUUAUCCUCUCUGCCCAUAACAGGACAUCAGGAAGGAUUCUCUGGCACUACCAGUUAUCCUCUCUGCCCAUAACAGGACAUCAGGAAGGAUUCUCUGGCACUACCAGUUAUCCUUUCUGCCCAUAACAGGACAUUGUUCAUCAUACUUGUCAUUCUGAUACACAAUUAAAUUCUCAAUUUCUGCUCUAUUUAAUUAAUUCCUCUCCUGCCGUCAGCAGUCGCAGUGUUCCCUUAUCCGCCCCUGUGGAGGAUGCACGCACGCACAUUUGGAGCGAUGGCUGUCCUCAUUAAAGCGCUUUAA